AGACCCCAGGCAUAGUAUACUGAUUAUUGGGGGAAAAAUUACACUGAGAUCUAUUGACUGCUACAUUAAGCUCAGUGAGAGGCUGACAGCUGCAGUAAAGAGUUAAGCCUAAAUGUUUGAUGCCAAAUGAAUUAAAGUCUAUUUUUGAACUCAGCGUUCAAGUACAGAAGGAAUGGUCUCUGAAGGGAAAGGAGAGCAAUGAACAAUACCUCAGACAGUUGGUGCAGCACACCACGCAUAUUAUAUAUGAUGGGAUUUGGUGAUGAUUGCAAUUUUCCUGUAAAAUGACUUGAAAAGAAAACAGAAAAUGAAUGAUUACAGAGAGGAUGGCAUGGAUUUAGGAAGCGAUGCCUGCAGUCGCUCAAGUUCUGAGUCCAGCUCCAACAAAGUGACUCCUUGCUCAGACUGCAAGUCUUCUCCUAGCCUUGAGCUGGCUGCUCUGGAGUAUUAUGAGGAGGAGGACUUCCUGGUGGACAAGGUGAGUGAUGACUGGGAGGAUGAAGAUGAGGAAGAAGAAGUUGGUGGUGACAAUGACUUUCCUAAAGACAAUUGCUUUGCCAGGACGGCAACUGGCAGGAGUUUAGCAGAAGAAUUUGAGGACAUUAAAGGUGGACAUCUUGCUGCGUCAAAUGGCAAUCCUACACAUAGUUACAAAUUGAAUGGGAAUUUAGUCAUUGGGAAGCCCCCGAAUAGAGCAAAGCAGAGCCCCCCCAAAGCACAACAUAAUUCUGUCCGGUUGCCUACACUAAAAUCAUUUGGCAGUUCAGGGUUCAGUAUGAAGGAGGAACCGCAACUACCCACCAUGGACUGGGAGGCUUUAGAGAAGCAUUUAGCUGGAUUACAGUUCCAGGAACAAGAGUCAAGGAAUCAAAGGCAGACCAAGUCAACCUACACAUCGGCUCAGAAGAAUGAAAGGGAAUCUAUCAGACAGAAGCUGGCUCUUGGGAGUUUUUUUGAUGAUGGACCUGGACUUUAUACCAGCUGUAGUAAAAGUGGGAAGCCCAGUCUUUCUUCCAGGCUCCAAAGUGGGAUGAACUUGCAGAUUUGCUUUGUUAAUGACAGUGGUAGUGACAAGGACAGUGAUGCUGAUGAUAGUAAAACUGAAACCAGUUUGGACACUCCUUUGUCUCCAAUGAGCAAACAAAGCUCUUCCUACUCAGACAGAGAUACUACGGAAGAGGAAUCUGAAGCUUUUGAAGAUAUGGAUUUUAUCACCAGACAAAAGAAACUGCAAGCAGAAGCUAAAAUGGCUCUGGCUAUGGUAAAGCCCAUGGCCAAAAUGCAAGUGGAAAUUGAGAAACAAAACAGGAAAAAAUCUCCUGUAGCAGAUCUGUUGCCACACAUGCCUCAUAUUAGUGAAUGCUUGAUGAAGAGAAGCUUAAAGCCUACUGACCUGAGAGAUAUGACUAUUGGGCAACUACAAGUCAUAGUCAAUGAUCUCCACUCUCAAAUAGAAAGCUUGAAUGAAGAAUUAGUUCAGCUUCUACUUAUCCGCGAUGAAUUGCACAUGGAACAAGAUGCAAUGCUUGUUGAUAUUGAAGACUUGACUAGACAUGCUGAAAGUCAGCAGAAGCACAUGGCAGAGAAAAUGCCGACAAAAUAAAGCAAGAAGCCAUUGAACAAUAGGGGGGGGGGGGGGAAAGCUACAUUUUAUUUUGCUUUUGUGAUUGUCCAAAUGCUGAUACUCAAGAUGAUACACAAGGAAAAUCAGUGUUAGUCUUUGAUAAUGUCUGAUGCUUUAUGUCCAGUGACCUGGCCUCUGCUUUUUAAUUUAUUUUAACUUUUUACUUAUGCCUCUAAUAUCAGGCAUUUUAUCAAGAUAAUAUUACUAUAUGUACAGUACUUAUGCUAUGACACAAUAUGGAUUAAGAGACAGAUAAAUUACAAAACUGACUUUUGGAAUAGAACUUUUAAGUUGAUCAGUAUUUUACCAUUGGUUUCUUUUUCUUCUUCACUGUAGUUUUCGAACACAAAUGUUAUUGACGGUGCUAAUAAGUCAAGAACUACAUGCCUGCCUCAUAGUAAAGUUGUAGCUCUCCGUAUCUUGUAUAAUUGAAACAGUUCUCAACAUUUUGUGAAUGUUGAUAAUCUGACUUCCAUUUUUAGAUGUGCUAUUAUAUUAUUGAAUCGGAUUGAAAAAGGUCACCUUCAAAGUUUUAUGUAUAAAUAUGUAAAAUAAACUUUAAACAUUUGUUUUGUAUAA